GGUCCAUUGCUUCCACUACCUGAUCCCUUUGGCUAAGCAAGGCAACUACGCCAUUGUGGCCAAUGUGGAGAGCAUGGACUACGACCCGCUGGUGGUGCGGCUCAACAAGGACAUCAGCGCCGUGGAAGAAGCCAUGAAUGCCAGCUUGCAGCAGCACAAGUUCCAGUACAUCUUCGAAGGUUUGGGCCAUUUAAUCUCCUGCAUCCUCAUCAACGGGGCUCAGUACUUCAAGCGGAUCAGCGAGUCGGGCAUUAAGAAGAUGUGCCGCAACAUCUUCAUCCUUCAGCAAAACCUCACCAACAUCACCAUGUCCAGGGAGGCCGAUCUGGACUUCGCAAG